UAUUGACAUAUUUGUGAUAAAUAUACCUAUUUAAGUGGUUCUUAUUUUCUUAUCGUUGGCGGUUAUCUAGGAAUUUAUAGAAGAAAAGUUAGAAUAAAAUGGAAGCCUCAAAUAAAAUUAAUACUUUAUCCCAAAAAACUUAUCCGAGUAGCAAAAUAGUGUCCGUGGAAUCUAGUUUACAACAAACAUUAAUUAACUUUAAAGAACUUAUGUCAGAGCUUAAAGAGUUGCAUUCAGAAAGCAGUAAAUACAGAGAAAUGUAUCUAUUGCAGAAGGAUAAAUGUGAAAGGCAAACAUGUGAAAGCUGUGUGGAAAUAAAGAAGCAAUUAACAAAUGAGAAAGAAAUAUUAGAAUCAGUUGUUACAGCAUUAAACAAACUAAGUGAAACGAGAGAUUUUAACAUUCUAGAUAAAAUAUUCAGAUUAAUAAACAGAGAUACAUUGACACCACCUAAUAUAGUCGAUGACAAUGAAGUCAAAGAACGAUUAGUAAGUCCUAAGAAAGAAUUGUCAGUAUUGGAAAAUGUUUGUGAAGAAUCUCUGUCGGAAAUAGAAGGUACUCCUGGACGAAAGAGUCCAAUAAUACAGAGUAAAAGGAUAAAAUCAAAUUCUGCAUAUUCUUUGAGUUUGAAGGAAAAAAAGAAAUGUCCCGAAAAUUGGUCAACCCCAGAGAAAAAGAGCAUAAAGCUAUCAUUUCCUACACCGACCUCUCUACGUAACAAGUCAAGUAAAAUGAAACAAAGUCGUUUGAAUCUGAUUAGGAUAAAGACCACAAGCGUUGUAGAUCUCACCUGUUCUCCGGAAACACGCACUCACAGUGAAAACAAUUUACAGUGUAAUAUAAAGAAAGAAAUGUUAGAGAACGAUGAUACAAUACUGCCGUCUCCAACAAGUGGGCGCACUGUCCAAUUCCCUAUGUACAAAUCUGUAACAAAAGACAGUCCUAUUAAAUUUAAAAUACCCUCCGAGUUUAAGUGUAAAUUAGAAAAGAGAGAUUCAAAUACAGAAAAUGUGUUUGUUAAAGACGCAGUUGUCAAAGAUGGGGAUGACUCCAUCAAUUUGUUACAACAAUUUCCAAAUAGGUUUAAGUCGCCGUUAAAAAAGGAUAAGUUAGAAGAUGUGACCCACUGUCCUGAUGAGAGCAUUUCGUUACUUCAACGCCUUAAUAAGAUAGAUGAGAAGAGUAAAACGAACAGUCCCAAGAAAAGUCCCUUGACUGAGAAUUCAAACUUGAUGAAUAUGCAGCAGUCCGAGUCUCAACAGAGCGUGUCCAUACUGCAGGAGGAUAUAAUGCAAGAUGUUAAAAGUGAAAUUAUUAAGAGUAGGCCAAGGAUCAAUCUGGAGCCAGUGUACAAAGAGAUGGUGUCGAGGAAAAAGUCUGAAAAAAGAGCUUUGCCUGCUUGGAGCUGUGACGAAUGUAAAAACUUUUACGCCGAGCUAUACAAAGAUAACACGGACAUGCUCGCUAAGAAAAUGGACGAGUGUUCAAAGCACCGCGGCAGGAACAACCCAGUGAGGCCGAAAACUCCUGAAGGCUUCUGGAACCCUCGAUGGCACGUACCUGAAGAUACUGAGGAGUUUAACUUGAGGAAUAAUGCUGUGUGAUAGUGCCGUGUAGCUUGAAUAUUUUCAUUAAAAAAAUUUAAAAAAAAAUUGUUCUUUAUUUUUUAACAAACGUAGGAAUGUCCCCAUCAUAUCGAAGACUUCCAAAAGCUUCUGGUAUAAAUAUAGCGUUA